UUGUUUUUGUCUUGUGUGGUUACCUUCCUCGUUCGUCGUCUCUCUCUCUCUCUCUAAGUACAUGUGUCUGCAUCUAUAUGCUUGUAUCACAUGAAAGUUUGACUUAAAAUUAAAAAUGGUGUAGCUGAAAAUCGAAGGAUCAGAGUGGUAGUAGUGUGUAUUUUCCGUGUUCUUUUCAUUUAUCCUCGUCUCCUCAACCAUAUAGAUGUGAAAACUGCUAUUAUUUCUGCAUGUAAGCUGUAGUCUUUCGUAUCAAAAGAGGUUUCUUUAUUUUCAGUUCAAAAUCAAUCUACAACUAAAAAAGGUAAGACUUUUGAGGCUUAUACAAUUAUCUGUUCAAAUACUUAUCUUUUACCGUUCGUCUUUCCUUCUUGCUUUCCAUCUGGGAUUUGAGUUGAGUCCUAUAGUUUCACACCCUUCAAGAAAAAAAAGUUUCAAAUUUGAAUCAACCUGAGUGUGGUAUCUGUCAACGAUGAGUAGCCCUGUAAUUUAUUUUCAAGAAUAGUAAUAAUAGUGGUAUAUAUGGUAGUGAUUAAUUAGCUGAUUUAAAAGAAUUUUCUUUAAUUGUCAGCGAAAUAAAUGCUGGGUUGGCAUACGUGUUCACAUGAAGCGCCAUGAAAGCAUUCAACUCAUAGCAAAGUGGGCUCAUUUCUAUUACGCAGAGUAGCAGAGGAGCAUUAGAGUAGUUGUGUAUGCAGUGAUGUCAUCAGUAUCGACGGUGACGGAGAGGCCGUCGUCUUCCUCCUCGUCUACUUCCUCGGUGUCGUCGUUGUCGUCGUCGGUGGGACUGGGGGCUGGUGGUGGUGGUGGUGGAAGAGAAAGGGAGAUAGAUCCCUUGUUAAAAGAUCUAAGUGAGAAGAAGCAGAGUUUCCGGAGGAACGUGGUGUCCUUGGCGGCUGAGCUGAAGGAUGUCCGCAGCCGCCUUGCUUCUCAAGAACAGUCAUUUGCUCGUGAAUCCCUAACCCGCCAGGAAGCGGAGAUUAAAGCAAAGAAAAUGGAAGAGGAAAUAAACAGACUACACAAGAGCUUGGAAGAUAGAAAUGGGCAGCUUCGUGCUUCUGCAUCUACUUCUGAGAAAUACCUUAAGGAGUUGGAUGAUCUUCGAUCACAGCUUUCAGCAACUCAAGCAACUGCAGCUACUAGUGCUGCAUCUGCAGAGUCUGCGCAAAUGCAGUGUUUGGUGCUUCUGAAAGAACUAGAUGAGAAAAAUAAUUCUUUAAAGGAGCAUGAAAGUCGUGUAAACAAAUUGGGUGAGCAGUUAGAUCACCUGCAGAAGGAUCUUCAAGCAAGAGAAUUUUCCCAAAAGCAACUGAAAGAUGAAGUCAUACGGGUCGAGCAGGAUAUCAUGCAAGCUUUGGCCAAAGCUGGAGCAAAUAAAGACUGCGAAUUGAGGAGGAUAUUAGAUGAGGUUUCUCCAAAAAAUUUUGAGAAGAUGAAUAAGCUGUUGGCUGCAAAGGAUGAAGAAAUAGCCAAGCUGAGAGAUGAGAUCAGGAUUAUGUCUGCUCACUGGAAACUCAAAACUAAGGAAUUGGAGUCCAAGUUAGAGAAGCAUCGAAGGGCUGAUCAGGAGUUGAAGAAGAGGGUGUUGAAGUUGGAGUUUUGUCUACAAGAAGCUCGUGCUCAAACUCGCAAGCUCCAAAGGAUGGGAGAACGUAGGGACAGAGCCCUGAAAGAACUCAGAGAUCAGUUGGCAACUAAGCAACAAAACAUACCUGUGAGCAUUGACAAGCAGAAUUUUUGGGAAACCUCAGGGUUCAAAAUCGUGGUAUCGAUGUCUAUGCUGGUCUUAGUACUAUUUUCAAAGCGGUAAUGUUAUAGCCUGCAGGCCCUGUACCGUUUUUAGAGCAGCAGUUACUAGUUAGGACUGUGUAAAAAACUUAGGCUUCUAGCAGAUACUAGUUAGGACUCUGUAAAAAUCUUAGGUUCCUAGAAGCCCAGCGGAAGAAAUUUAGGCCUUAGGGAGGCGGUAGAUCUUGUUUAAGAGGUAGUCUUUUGUAUUUGUAUGGCAAAAUCCUCUUUUUCCAGCUGCAGAGAUUGUAGUGGCGAUAAAGUUUCAAUGAAUAUCGCUACAAUGCUUAGCUUUAUCCAUUUUUUGAAGCAGGUAAAUGGUGCUAAUUCCUGGGGGCUGCAAAGCAUGAUUAUCAGCCGUAUCUUCCCAAUUGUGGAGCAAAUUGCAGCAAAUUGCUUGGGUAGUCACGGCUUAGUUUGGGAGUUUAUGAAGGAAGAGAAAAGAAAAGAAAAGAUAGCUUACGAAAGAAAGGAAGAGGAGGAAAAAGAUGCAUAUUUCGUUUGGGAGUUUAAUGAAAGAAAAGAAAAGAAAUAUCUUUCUCUUGUUUGAGAGUUAGAGAGAUAUGGAAAGAAAGGAUUUUAUGAGAACACAACUUUACAUAUUUGCCCUUUCUAUUUGUAAAUCAAAGUCCAAAAAUUAGCUUUUUUGUUCCCAUAAAUAGAAUAUUUGGACAAGAUAAAUUUCUAAA